GGCAGCGGCCGGGGGAAGCUGCGGGGCCGGUCAUGCAGCUGUGGGGCCGGCGGCCCGGAGCGAGCGCCCAGCCCUGAACGAGGCCCCGCAGGGCGCCCCCCGCCACUGAGGAUGAGUCACUGCAGCAGCCGCGCCCUGACCCUGCUGAGCAGCGUGUUCGGCGCCUGCGGCCUGCUGCUGGUGGGCAUCGCUGUGAGCACCGACUACUGGCUGUACAUGGAAGAGGGCACGGUGCUGCCGCAGAACCAGACCACCGAGGUCAAGAUGGCGCUGCACGCUGGCCUCUGGCGGGUCUGCUUCUUCGCAGGUCGGGAGAAGGGCCGCUGCGUGGCCUCAGAAUACUUCCUCGAACCAGAGAUCAACUUGGUGACGGAAAACACGGAGAACAUUCUGAAGACGGUGCGCACGGCCACGCCCUUUCCCAUGGUCAGCCUGUUUCUGGUGUUCACCGCCUUUGUCAUCAGCAACAUCGGCCACAUCCGCCCGCAGAGGACCAUCCUGGCCUUCGUCUCCGGCAUCUUCUUCAUCCUCUCGGGCCUCUCCUUGGUGGUGGGCUUGGUUCUUUACAUCUCCAGCAUCAACGACGAGGUCAUGAACAGGCCCAGCAGCUCCGAGCAGUACUUUCAUUAUCGCUAUGGGUGGUCUUUCGCCUUCGCUGCCUCCUCCUUCCUGCUCAAAGAGGGGGCCGGCGUGAUGUCGGUGUACCUGUUCACCAAGCGCUACGCCGAGGAGGAGAUGUACCGCCCGCACCCGGCCUUCUACCGCCCGCGGCUCAGUGACUGCUCCGACUACUCGGGCCAGUUCCUGCAGCCCGAGGCCUGGCGCCGCGGCCGCAGCCCCUCAGACAUCUCCAGCGACGUCUCCAUCCAGAUGACGCAGAACUACCCUCCAGCCAUCAAGUACCCGGACCACCUGCACAUCUCCACCUCGCCCUGCUGAGGCCGGGCGGAGCUCCCCCCCCCC